CUUCAACAACCUGUAGAAUCACACUAAAAAAUAUUUUCUUAAAUUUUCGGCAUUAAAAUUUAAAUAAAAUUCAUGCAAUAUAAAAAAAAAACCCAACAAUGAUGAGUAAGAACUCCAAAAUUUGCCUGUUCUGAAAAAUCGGUUUCUCGUCACAGGGAGAUCAAAGAAUGACACAGACUAAUUUUGUCUAAUCAGUCUUUGCAUCAACGUUAAAAAAAAUAAAAAAUCUUGAAUAAUCGAUCAUUCGUUUGGUAGAUCAAAACGUUAAAAACAUUGUAAAAAUCUUUUACACCUUCACAAUUUCAUAAAGCCCAGGAUAAUUUCUUUAAAAAAACACAAAGAUAUUGAAUUUACGUUCAAAGAAAAUCAAGGAAACGUUCACAUUUGUAAUGCUGGAAACAGAAAUGUAUUUUUUGUCGCUGAGCAAAGAACUCAUGUUGCUAAUAAAUUGAUUAAUCAAGCUAUGAUUUAUGAAAAUCAUUAAGCAACAAUAUUUAAUUUUCACCCAGUGUCAUGAUGAACUAAUGUCAUGUUAUUAAUACAUCUUUGCUGCUUGAUGUAAGAAUCCAUUGGAAAUGAACUGGCUGCUCAUAAAACCAUGAAAAGGGUUUGGGGGUUUUCUCUUGGCCUUUUUUUAUAUUUUAUUUUUUUACACGUUUUAUGUUUUUUAUUCAAAAAGUAUUGGACCACUCUUUUCCGUCAAUGUCCAGUCACAACAUACAGACAUACACAGAGCAGCAGCCUCAUUCAUGUCAGUGGGAAGAGAAAGUUGAGUCAUACGGUUUCCUCUUUUUAACCCGAAGCCUUAAUGCCACCAACAUGUCGCACGUAGCGUAACCGUGCCCCCCACAUGCACACACACACAUGACUCGACUGGGGCCUUUUCACUGAACAAAAGAGCUACACAUCCGUUUGUGUGUGUGAGAAUAGGAAAGGGUGGAAGAGGCUCUUCGAUGGCUGCACCUGUCCUAUUUUAUGAGGCUCUAAUAAGCAGAUAACAGAAGGAAAAAAAGCACGGCCACUGAGACUCCUCCUUCCCCUAAUUUGACAGAAAUUAAUUACAUCCUACUCUGAGGUCACGGUUUUGCACUAGCCAUCAUUGAGGCCUUGUGAAUAAUGUGUUAUUAAAGGGUUGUUAUAGUCAUUUUUUUUGAUUUUUUUUCUUUUCAUUAAAAGAAAAAAUAAAUUUCUGUUGUUGUUUUUCAGUUGUCUUGUCCUUUCACUCAUCCAGCAGGUUUCUUCCUCCUCUAUGAGUCAGACAGAUGCACAUUCCCGUUUUAACAAGCUAUGACUGUGCACAGUGUGUCAUGGCAUGUUGCUGCCGCCCUGUCCCACCCGUGCUCCCAGGUUGGCUGCACGUUGUGUCGGUGAGUAGCAGCGUUGGUGCCCACGCCUGCGCACUGGAAGAGAGAGUGCUCCUUUGCUAUCCAUGGUGUGGUGAGUAAUUCAGCCAUAAUCCGCCUUUCUCCUCUCCCCUCUUCUCUCCCCUUCUCCUCUCCCCCUCUCCCGUGGUUCCAUUCAUAUUCUAAUCACAGCUUUCCCUUCUCCAGCUCUCAGGCACUCCAUCAGAGCCCUCCCAGCCUCGGGCUUUGCACUUUUACUUCCCCCCCUUUGUGACCGUUCCCUCCUCUCAUAGGCACACCAAAAAUAAGGUUUCCACAGCAAAAGAGCGAGCGAAAAAAGAGGUGAAUAACUCCUUCAACAAAAGAAAUUCACACGUCUUCAGCAUGUUUUGAUGCGUGUCUGAACAUAUGACAUGUUGACCCUGUGAAAAAGUUAUCACAAAGAUGGUUUAAUGGUGGAAGGAGGUGAUGAACAGAGGCAACGUGGCAACAAGUGUCUGUCGGAUGUGAAAUUAAGAGUUGAAAUUGAAAGGCAGUAGCGGCGGAUGUGUAGGGUUGUAUGUUUAUUUGGAGCUCGGGGGUGUAUAAAACUUAAAUUAAAUACCAUAAUGGAAGAUGGGGAGGCCACAGUGUUAGGACUGUGUAGAUCUAAGCCUCUUUUUUUUCGUUGGGAGGGAGCUUUUCUUAUUCAAAACAGCCCCACAAAAGACUUCCAGUGAGCCUUGCCACAUCCCCAUCUGACUUGGGGCCAUUCAUCAGCCUUCCAAGCCUAUCAAUGACAUGUCCCCAUCAGGGCUCCUAUAAAAUCAGCCCCUUUCCCAUGAAACAUCAGCAAACAUUUUGACGGGUCUGGCUUUCCCCCCGCUGGAUUUCUGGAGUCUCUACCCCCCCUCUCCUCCCUUAUUCCCACCUCCCCCCUCUCCUCCGCCAACACCACCCCUCUCCGGGCGAACCUCAGAUCCUCAACAUCUCCUGUGACGGGCAGUGGUCACGGUAACACCGAGCGAGACGAGGGGAGAGCCGCCGAGGAGGGGGAAACGUGCACUAAGCCAUUUUCUUGGAGGAGCCAGUGUUGUUGAUGGGAAGAGGAUGCAUUGCGGGCUGCUGGAGGAGCCUGAUAUGGAUUCCACAGAGAGUUGGAUUGAAAGAUGCCUCAAUGAGAGCGAGAGCAAGCGAUACUCGAGUCACACGUCUCUGGGGAACAUGUCCAACGAUGAACAUGAGGAAAAAGAAAAUAACAGAGCCUCUAAACCACAUUCGACACCAGCUACUCUGGAAUGGCUAGAGGAGAACUAUGAGAUAGCCGAAGGUGUGUGUAUCCCCCGAAGUGCCCUCUACAUGCAUUACUUGGACUUCAGUGAGAAGCACGACACGCAGCCUGUCAACGCAGCCAGUUUUGGAAAGAUCAUAAGGCAACAGUUUCCAGCGUUGACUACCAGAAGACUGGGGACAAGGGGGCAGUCGAAGUACCACUACUACGGCAUCGCGGUUAAGGAGACCUCUCAGUACUAUGACGUGAUGUACUCCAAGAAGGGAGCGGCGUGGGUGAACGAGACGGGGAAGAAAGAGGUCACCAAGCAGACAGUGGCGUAUUCACCGCGCUCCAAACUGGGGACACUCCUGCCAGAGUUUCCAAAUGUCAAAGACCUAAAUUUGCCCGCCAGCCUGCCAGAAGAGAGGGUGUCAACCUUCAUCAUGAUGUACAGAACGCACUGUCAGAGGAUACUGGACACUGUUAUUCGAGCCAACUUUGACGAGGUCCAAAGCUUCCUGCUGCACUUCUGGCAGGGCAUGCCGCCCCACAUGCUCCCCGUCCUCGGCUCCGCCACGGUGGUGAACAUAGUCGGUGUCUGUGACUCAAUCCUCUACAAGGCCAUCUCUGGGGUGCUGAUGCCCACUGUCCUGCAAGCACUGCCUGAUAGUUUGACUCAGGUUAUUCGAAAAUUUGCCAAACAGCUUGAUGAGUGGCUCAAGAUAGCACUUCACGACCUUCCCGAAAACCUGAGGAAUAUCAAGUUUGAAUUGUCUAGGAGAUUUUCUCAGAUUCUAAAGCGACAAACCUCAUUAAACCAUCUUUGUCAGGCGUCACGGACUGUGAUAAACAGUGCCGACAUCACCUUUCAAAUGCUGGAGGACUGGAGGAAUGUGGACUUGAACAGCAUCACCAAGCAGACACUUUACACCAUGGAGGACUCACAAGAGGAGCACAGGCAGCUCAUUAUCCAUUUGUAUCAGGAGUUCGACCGUCUACUGGAGGAACAGUCUCCAAUCGAGGCAUACAUCGAGUGGCUGGACUCGAUGGUGGACCGCUGUGUCGUCAAGGUGGCAGGGAAGAGGCCCGGGUGCCUGAAGAAGGUGGCCCAACAGUUCCUGCUGAUGUGGUCGUGUUUCGGUACCAGAGUCAUCCGGGAUAUGACCCUCCACAGUGCGCCCAGCUUUGGCUCCUUCCACCUGAUCCAUCUCAUGUUUGAUGAUUAUGUGCUUUAUCUGCUGGAGUCCCUGCACUGCCAGGAGAGAGCCAACGACCUCAUGAGGGCUAUGAAGGGCGAGGGCAGCACAGCAGAGAGAGAGGAGGAAUUCACGCUGACAGAAACCACUCCCACCUCCCCGUCCCCAGGAUCCUACUCUCCUGCUCGGUCAGUCCACUCUGUGGGCGUCUCCUCAGCCAGCUCCCCCACAGCAGCUGUGUCCCCGGAGUACACAGGAGUCCCCGCCACCACAGGCGCUGUUCAGUCAUAUACCUGGUCCCUUACAUACACAGUGACAACAGCAGGCGGCUCCACUCCAGAGGCCGGAAAUCAGCUGUCCUGUAUGAGGAACAGCGCUCCAGUCCCUCCUCCGUCCUCCGCACACCGGCUGCCAGUCUACACUCACAGAGAGGAGCAUGGGUAUACUGGUAGUUACAACUAUGGCAGCUACGCCAACCAGCAUCCUCACUCCAUACAGAGCCAGUACCCAAGUCUGGCCCAUGAGCCGGCGAUCCCAGCCCCCCUCCACUACUCCGCCUACCACCGGUCAUCUGCACAGUAUCAACUCAACGGCCAGAUGUCUCGGAUGGAGCCAUGCUUGAUGGGCAGUACUCCUCGGUUGCACCCUACACCUGUCGCCCCUCGGUGGCCAGAUGUUUCACCGACUAACAGCUGUUACCCCAGCCCACCUAUGCAUUCAUCCCGCUAUGCCACCUCUGGGGACAUGUACUCCCCACUGGGCCCGCGCAGGAACUCAGAGUACGAACACUCACAGCAUUUCCCCGGCUUUGCCUACAUCAACGGAGAGGCCACCACAGGCUGGGCAAAAUAGCAUUUAAACGCUCAUUUGGAAAGCCAUGUACAAGCUGGAGGCCUGCCGAACUGGUGGAUGCAAACACUUCCAAUCAAGUACAUGAGGGAGGAUCAGAGAGUGGAGAGUACCGAUGCAAGGUAAAAGGAAUCAUGGUAUGGACGUACAGACAAUUGGAAAAGACUCACCGCGUCAAUCACGCUGAUGAUUGCGGUUUAUGUUAAAAAAAAAUGUCUUCAACAACUGAGGGAAGAAAAAUAUUAAAUCAUACAGAUUGUCAAAACUUGCAGCAAAAUCAUUUUAAGAGUGCAAUGCUGCUGCCAAGCUGUGCCUUUGUUUUUUUAGGAAUGUACACCUCUGCCAGAGUUUCCCUCGUCAGUCUCACAAGUCACCGCACACAUCAUCCCGCCAACCGCCAGUCGGUCAGUCAGUCAGUCAGUGUCGGCGACUGAUGGAUCAGUGUUACCGACACCUGUACAAUCUCAGUCACACCACGGUCUCUUGUCGCUCAGCACUGUGCAGCAUGUUGCCGUGAACUCGCUGCAGCAGAUAAACGUCAGUCUGCUGCAGGAUGAUGAUGCACUGCACUGCACUGCCUUAACGUUCUCCUGGGACACCAGUUACAUACAGUGGCACAGAGACAAAGCACCAGAAGUGACAGAUAUAAAGUCAUGAAAGACCUUGGUCAGUGUGUUAAGGUGUGUUUAUCUUGGAUAGUGUUUUUAAUGAUUGAAUGCAAAAACAACUGUGCGUGCGUGCGUGUGUGUGUGUGUGUGUUUUGUCGCAAGCUUUUCUGCUUUUUGUCCUGUGACAACAAAUAUAUAUAUAUAUAUAGAUAUAUAUCUAUAUCUAUAUAUAUAUGAGUAUGUAUUUUCUGUGACUUUGUAACAUGGUUCAUCCUAUAUUUUCUAUGUUACAAUUGGUACUAUGUUCUCCGUUUUGUAUGGUUAGUAGAGGACGCAUUAACCUAGGGUUGUGUGUUUUAUAAUGCACUCAAAGCUACUGAGGACCUAUUACCCUAUGGGUAUUUAUAAAAAAAGGGAAAAUAUCAAAGUGUACAGUAACAUGAAUUCUAGUCACUUUUUCUGUAAAUAAAAGCACUGGAAACCAUUUGUGGUGACUGUUAAACUAUCACAGUUGAAACUGAUGUGUAUGUGGGGAAAAAUGUUGCCACAUAAAUAAUAUCACAAUCUA